CUCAGGGACAACGAAUAGGCUUGAGGGGGAAGUCAGGUUCCCAGGCAACAAAGAAAAAUAAAAACAAUUUUCUGCUUGCUGCUUUGCUCCACUGAUCUGCAAUAUUAAUCUUUUCCUUUUACCAAGCUAAUGGAUCUCAAGGCUCCUCACUCAAUGGGUACCACUAUUAUUGGCGUCACCUAUAACGGCGGCGUCGUCCUGGGUGCUGACUCUCGCACCAGCACUGGGAUGUAUAUCGCUAAUAGGGCAUCGGACAAAAUCACUCAGCUCACUGAUAACGUCUACAUUUGUCGUUCUGGAUCGGCUGCAAAUUCCCAAAUCGUUUCUGACCAUGUGCGUUACUUUCUUCAUCAGCACACAAUACAGCUAGGUCAGCCUGCAACAGUCAAAGUUGCUGCAAAUCUGGUCAGGCUAAUAUCUUAUAACAAUAAGAAUAUGCUAGAAACUGGCCUAAUUGUUGGUGGCUGGGACAAGUAUGAAGGUGGUAAAAUUUAUGCAAUUCCUCUUGGUGGAACAAUAAUAAAGCAGCCUUUUGCUAUAGGAGGAUCUGGCUCUGGUUACUUGUAUGGAUUCUUUGAUCAAGCAUGGAAAGAAAAAAUGACCAAGGAUGAAGCUGAGCAAUUAGUGGUGAAGGCAGUUUCCCUGGCCAUGGCAAGAGAUGGUGCUAGUGGUGGUGUUGUUCGCACAGUAAUUAUUAACUCGGACGGAGUGAUAGGAAACUUCUAUCCUGGGGACGGACUUCCACUGUGGCAUGAAGAGUUGGAGUCUCAUAAUUCAUUGUUGGAUAUUCUAAAUGCCUCUGGUCCAGAGCCAAUGAACAUAUGAUGAAGUGAAAAUGCGCUGCCAUAUUUUAGUAUUUUCGACAGUGGAUUGGCUGCUACAAUUUAUUAUCUUUUUUGCCUGCAUCCUAUAUUCUCGGAUAGGAAUUCUAAUGGUUUCUGUUCAACUUCGAACUUAAACGUAAUGGGCUUCAGACUAAGACUUGAGGUUUUA